UCCCGUCUCCAAUCCGCUGCUGCCGCCGCCGCUGCGCGUUCCUUGUCGCCUGUACAGUACAAGAGGGAUGUAGAGACUAAACCCCGAACCCUGCAGCUGGGGUUCCCUGCACACCACCGAGGCGACAGUGCGCAGGAGAGAGAUAGAGAGCGAGAGAGACACAGAGGGAAGGAUGGAAGGAGGGAGGGAAGAGGAGAAGGUGAGAAACAGAGACGGGGAAGAGUCAGAAGCGCCAUCUCCCUGUUGUGGCUGAGCGUUUACGCGCGAUCCGAGAGCACAUCUCCAGCCUCUCCGGGACUAAAUCCACCAUGAUCCACCAAACUCCUAAUUCUCACACAGUCUUUCUUUCUUUUUGGGCUGCAAUAAGAGAGGGAAGGUGCAACUUUUGCCAACGGAAAUCAUCCAUGUGAAGUUUCUUUGGUGCCCAUUACAAAGAGUCAGUGUUCAAGCCCCCCAGUGAAGUCCCCGGUGAAUCUCUCGGCCAGCUCUGUGGUUCCAAAGCGACGGGAAUAAUUCCGCUUCCCCUCUCCGAUAAAGGAGAAACUCGAAGUUGUGCAGCAAAAUGCAGAAUUUGAGUCAUUUUCAGCCCGUGUGAUCUUUUCAGGGUCCAAUUGCCGCUGCUUUCUUGUGAAACGCAGAGUCCGGACUGUUCGGAUAAAAGCCCAAGGGUUUUGACAUUUCAGUUCUUUUUAAUUUUUGCUCCUGUUCUUGCUUCAGUGCAUUUUGGAGGGGAGCCCAGACGAUGGUUUGGUGUCGUUCAGGCAUAUGCAGAGCCCUGGCUCUCCUGGUGCUCCUGUUUGUCUUGCGGGGGAGAGGCUGCUGCUGUUGGGGGCUGAGUCCCAGCUCUGGGGACGGGGAGAAGUCCCUGCGCUCUGAUCCGGACUCCUGGGAGGCCCUGCAUAGGAACAAACGCAGCUGGGUAUGGAACCAGUUCUUCGUUUUGGAGGAGUACACAGGAAACGAGCCUCUUUACGUCGGCAAGCUGCACUCUGAUGUGGAUAAAGGAGACGGCAAGGUGAAGUACGUGUUGUCUGGUGAGGGGGCCACCUCUAUCUUCACUAUCGAUGAGAACACUGGAGACAUCCAUGCCACGAAACGCCUCGAUCGGGAGGCCCAGGCUUACUACACUCUGCAAGCUCAAGCCAUUGACCGGAUAACCAACUUACCUGUCGAGCCAAGGUCUGAGUUUGUGGUCAAGGUGCAGGACAUCAAUGACAAUGAACCAAAGUUCCUGGAUGGGCCGUACUUGGCAGGGGUGCCAGAGAUGUCACCUUUAGGAACCAUGGUGGUGCAAGUGGCAGCCACAGAUGCAGAUGACCCGACGUACGGGAACAGUGCCCGGGUGGUCUACAGCAUCAUCCACGGGCAGCCGUACUUCUCAGUGGAGCCCAAGACAGGUGUCAUAAGAACAGCUUUGCCCAACAUGGACCGGGAGACGAAAGACCAGUAUGUGCUGGUCAUUCAGGCCAAAGACAUGGUGGGCCAAAUGGGCGGCCUCUCCGGCACCACCUCUGUCACGGUGACUCUCACUGAUGUCAACGACAAUCCACCUCGGUUCGCUCACAAAAGCUAUCAGUACACAGUGCUGGAGUCGCUACCAGUGCAAUCUGUGGUGGCCAGAAUAAAAGCGUCAGAUGCUGAUAUCGGCUCCAACGCGGAAAUGGACUACAGGAUCAUGGACGGUGACGGACCUGGCAUGUUCAAUAUAACAACAGACGAGGACACACAAGAGGGGGUUAUUAUCCUGCAAAAGCCUCUAGAUUUUGAGACAAGAAGUGGCUUCGCUCUAAGAAUCGAGGCCACAAACAGGAACAUUGACUCCAAUUUCUUGAGCCUCGGCCCAUUUAGCGACAUAACUUCAGUGAAGGUUGCCGUGGCAGAUGUGGACGAGCCGCCCGUCUUUUCUAAACCGCUUUCCAAUCUGAAUGUUUCCGAGGACGCCAAAGUGGGCACCUCAAUCGGUAGAGUCUCUGCCCACGAUCCAGAUAACUCCAACAGUGGCAUCAGGUACUCCAUUGACAGGAACACAGACUUGGAGCGUUUUUUCAACAUUGAUGCUUUGAGUGGCAUCAUCAGCACAGCCAAGUCUCUGGACCGAGAAGCCAACUCCAUCCACAAUCUCACCAUUUUAGCCAUCGAGAGCUUGGAUCCAAACCAGAUUGGGAAGGGCAUCACUCUGAUCACGGUGUUGGACGUAAAUGAUAAUGCCCCAGUCUUUGCAAUAGACUACGAAACGCUCCUGUGUGAAAACUCAAUGCCAGGGCAGGUGAUUCAGACCAUCAGUGCUGUGGACAAGGACGAACCUCUGGACAAACAUCACUUUAAUUUUUCCCUGGAUGCAACCAUCGCCGGCAACCUGAAUUUCACCCUGCGAGAUAACAAAGACAACACUGCCUCCAUACUGACGAAACGAGGUGGCUUCAGGAGACGGGAGCAGGCCGUGUAUCGACUGCCCGUGUUGAUUACAGACAACGGAAAACCCACCUCCCUCAGCAGUACAAACACGCUUUCGGUGCGCGUAUGUGACUGUGACUCGGAUGGCGUGGCCCUGUCUUGUGGAGCUGUGGCCUACACGGCAACUGGCCUUAGCACUGGCGCCCUUCUGGCUAUUCUGGGCUGCAUCAUUACACUUCUGGUGUUGGUUCUGUUGAUUGUGACAAUGCGCCGGAGAAGGAAGCAGCCCUUGAUUCUGGAGGAGGAGAGGGACAUCAGGGAGAACAUCGUCCGCUAUGACGACGAAGGAGGGGGAGAGGAAGACACGGAGGCCUUCGACAUGGUCACCCUGCGCAACCUCAACAUCAUCAGAGACCCCGCCGCACGGCGAGACGUCACGCCGGACACGCCCACCUUUUACCAAUACACCUCUGCUUCCCGCCCGCCCUACAAGUCGCUGCCCGACAACGUGGUGUUUCGAGAGUUUAUCUGGGAGCGGCUGAAGGACGCCGACGUGGAUCCCACAGCUCCCCCGUACGACUCCCUGCAGACGUAUGCCUUUGAGGGCAGCGGAUCUGUAGCCGAGUCGCUGAGCUCGCUGGAGUCACUAAGUACAGACUCGGACCAGAACUACGACUACCUCAGCAACUGGGGGCCGCGCUUUAAAAAGCUGGCCGAUCUGUACGGCAACAGUGACAAUGUGUUCUCGUAGCCCCCAAAUGUCUUAGCAGUUCUGGAACUUUAAAACGUGAGUAAUAUAUUGUCAGAGGAAGUGGUUUUGUCCGCCGUGUUGCAGCCGAGGAAAAGAUUCAAAGACAACAUAAGUGAUUGAAGGAAAAACACUUUGACUUCAAAGGUUUUUUUGGUUUGUUUACCUCCUAGUACGGGCUUUCAAAAGCGUGCCAUGGUGAAUUUUGACACUGACUUCAAAAGUGGCUUGACUAAGGAGGAAACCUUGUGUGCAAAAGACAUUAAAGGUUUCACAUUUUGGGCCUGAGUCCAACCACUGACUGCAAAAUGCAUUACAUGUGGAAGCUUUUUUUCUUUACAGGGAGAAACCUGUCCUUUCAUUCCAGUGAUGGGCACAAUCCCAACACUCCGGCUUUGAUGCAUUCCUUUGCUAUCUCUGUGCUAAAAAACAAAAAGUUUUUCAUGAAAUGCUGUCCCCCUGGCAGCUAAUCAGUAGUCUCUGGACUUCUCAGAUGAAAUAUGAGAACAAUUUAUGUUUCUUAUUACCGUUUUUUUUGCAGAAGACAGUUGAAAAUGGGCUGUAUUUUAUAAACCUUCACACCCAGAGCCACAUUAGUCAUGGACUCAGUCAUAAUUCUUAAAGUUACUAGCCAGACCGUUCUGUAAAAUCUGAUCAAAUUCUCUUUAGAUAUUGCCAGCUACAAUAUCUUUUUUAUCAAGUUUUCCUUUUUUGUUUUGGUAUUUCGUCUUAAAUUCAUCCAUCCAUUGUCUACAUGCGCUCAUCCCGGCAGGGUUGGGGGGCUGGUGUCAUUUAAUGGCAAAUCCCAGUUAUAAAUCCUCCUUCAUUUAUAAAUCCUAGAUUUAUAACUGGGACACACCUGUAAAAGUGGCCACAAGGGGCAGAGAUGAAUUAGUUGUAGGGAUUCAUGUCUGAAUCUAGUUUUUGUGAAAUUUUGACCAACCAAUUGCAACCAAUUCCCAUUUCCUUUCAGGAAUUUAAAUGUAAUAGAUAUAUAUCACAAAGUAGAUAUUUUUGUACCUGAAAAAUUAGGUAAAAUAGGCAAAGGAGGUGUUCCUGCUGUUGUAGCACAAAGAGUAAGAACAUAUUAGUUUUCACUCUAUAUUUGCAGGAACAAUGCAUUUUGGAAAUAAAACAUCAAUCUGGAAAGCCUGCUUGUUUCUCCUUAAAUUAUGGCACAUUUGUGAGGAAAAUGGAUUUGUAGGUUAAGCAGCAGAGUUGAGUAUUUGGGCAGCACCAUGCAACACCUGCCAAAUUAUGUCUCCCAAUCCCCAAAACAUUAUUGACUAUUGACUCCUGUCUGGUGUGGUUUAUUGGAUUUAAUGAUCCAAGUUUAAAGAAAAAAGAACCAUCAACAAUAAAGCAAUGUAUUUUUUCGCACAACAAAGGCUCAGGAGUGUAAAGGUGAUCCAUAGAAGACCACAGCAGCCUGAGAUCACAUUAUCUUUCUGAUUACCUGCUUGGAUACACACUUUUGUUGAAUGGCAUUGUAUUUUUCAACCAGCAUUGAAUCCAUCAGCCAAUUGGUUCUGUUGGUCACUCUGGCAUGUAUGACACACCUAAAGUUAUCCCACCAGUGUUCAAAGGGGUUGUGGAAAAGACAGUAGGCAGAGUUUGGCUCCUUAAGUCAGUCGUACUGCUUAAAUUCUGAGUAAUAUUCCAAAAAACACCAACGUUUUGAAGAUGACCAAAAUUUCCCCUUUGAGGAAUUGCAGAUCAGUUCAUACAAAGUUCUUUAAAAAAAAAAAACUGCUUAUUGUUUUACUUCAAAUUGGAACGGAAAGAAGAAAAUGUUUCCUGCCGGUAGCUGCACAGCUGCUGCAUCACCCACCACUACUACCAACUAUGGUUGCCAAGUAUAUCCACUUUUGAUGAGCCAAAUCCUACCUGUUAGCUCUACCACACUUGCUCCUGCCAAACAUCCUAUGCCGCCUUCGUCUUUCCAGUUGCUCUGCAGCCAGAUGGAGUGAAGGUGUAUGGGGGAAGUGCAUUUGUCCACUGAGUAUAAUACAUUGGAUUGGUAUGUACCAGUAAAGAAGCAUUCGCUGCCACUCCCACUACAUUGCGGCUAAACACGUAUGAAAUAGAGUUAAAAAGUGAUGAACAUGAGUGGAUGCCACUCAAAAGGUACUCAAAAUCUCUAAAGUCCCUUAAAUUUUGUCACGUUAAAAUUACAAUGAGUGUUUUUGAAUACUGAUUUUAAUUUUAUAUGGGCAGUAGGGAAUGGGAGGUUGGUCAGAGUUGAUGGGAAGUUGGGUGGAGGUAAAUACAGGACAAUCAUCGAGGAAAAACUGUUGGAAUCAGCAACAGACUUCAGAUUUAGGUUCCAGCUAAAUGGAAGCCCAUUCAGCUGGAAGGUGAAUGGGCUACUUUGGUUAAUUCAAAUAACCAGAGCUACAAUUUAAUAAUUUAGAUCAAAGCAUGUCUUUGCGUCAAAAUGACCCAGUCAAUGUUCAAACCAAGAUGCACUGGGUUCCUUCUGACUGAGCUUGUUAUUUUGCAAAGAAAAUAACAUUUGACAAAAUAACUUCUAUGCUGUAAUUCUAGCUAAAGGUGGUUCUCCAAAGUACUGACCCAGGGAACCUGAAUACAAAUUAACAUAAUACUUUUCAGCAUAUAAUUUUGUAUAAAAUCUUCAAAACCAACUACUCUUUUUUUGAACAAUUAUUUUCUUACUUGUGUUAGUCUCCAUUAAAGAUUGGGGUUGUAAAUUGACCAGUUAAGAAGUUCAAGCAGAAUGGUUAUUUCUGCAUGGCAAUGUACAUAUAAUUAAACCUAUUUAUUUUCCUCCUCAUCUUUACCAUUCAGAGCAGUGGGGAUCCACAGAAUGGGUCACAGCUUGAACUGUCCCUCUGUCUGAUGACAUUGUAUUGUAUUUUUCUUCAUCUCAGUUUAGUUCUGACAACAUAAAAAAUCAAUCUAUAUGAUUUAUUCCUGCUGGUUCACACAAUGUCAUCAGUUCAAAUACAAACACACUAGGAUUAUUAGAGGGUUUUUGUUUAAUGUCUGCUUAUUAGAAAUUUUGUAUUCCACACUAAUAAUCCAUACUUCAUGACUGUGUUGUUCAGAUUGUUGUAAAGUUAUUUAUGAAGAAAAAUACACCUCUGGCUAGUAUCUUUAACACUACAUGACACACAGAUUCAUACCUAUAAUACAGUAUAACCAAGUACAGUAGUUGAUGUGCUAAGGAAGUUGUGUGAAUCAUAAAAAGAAUGACAUCCAUCAGUUUUAUAUAUCAGCAGGGUGACAAAGAAACACAAGCUCUUCUUCUCCUGAAAGUACAUUUUGCAGAUGUCGCGACGUAGUGUGUGUCUCAGUCUGUUUCUACUUCUGCCUUUCUAUUACCAACAGUAACAUUUCUCAGCUAUGAAGUCGGGGUUUAGUUCUGCUUUUCUACAAGGUGAGAGCGUCAGAUCAGUGAGCCUUGAUGAUGGAUUUGUCCGUGCUGUGCUAGAGAUUCACAACACCUUCACCUUAGGGUUGGGAAAAGUCAAGUAUUUGUUUUUAAAAUGGCUGACCUCACAGAGGUCUGGUUUGUAAGUAAAUUAAUUUAGCUUCUGUAGUUUGCAAAGUCCAGCAUAUAUUGUAAUUUUAAAAUUGAAUUUUAAAUAAUGUACGGUUUGAAUAUCGAUGGUGAACGGACACACUGUAUGAUAAUCAUAUUGUGGUAAUUUUCUUUUUCUUUUCCCAGCUUAAACAAGUUAUGUUACAACUGGGUGUGCACUUGUGCAACCGCUAUGUAUUAUUUAUUUCAACGAGGCAGAACUGUGGAAAUAAUGUUUUUAUCUUUUUGCUGAAAAUAAAAUUGAUAUUCAGUUCC